CUAUUUUUCGUACGAAUAUCAUCGUUGGAAAUAAAGUUUCGUGUGGAGUACUAGCCUUAAAGGACUGUUUUGAGGUUAGAUCUAACUUUAAGGAAGAUUUAAUCUUUUGGAUAUUUUCUUGGGAGAAUAUUGUUUACUCGAAAUUAUUAAAGCAUUUGGGAUAUAAAGGUACCCAGACAUUUGGGCAGCAGAUGGAUGUGCACACGGUGUGACGAAGGGACGAACAUUUCGUUUUCGGUCACCGAGUUGACUCCCGUGAGGGUAAACGAUCCCUCUCAGUUGGAUUCCAACGGGAGAAUCCCCCUUUUGUGUUACUUGCCUAAUAAUCCCACAAUGAUGACCGGUAAUCACAAGAUCAGGAAGAGAAGCGUUCUGUCGGUGGAACGAAAGUUCGAGAUACUGCAACGCAUAGAAAAAGGGGCAACCGUGAAGCAGUUGGUAGCAGAGUACGACAUUUGCACCGCCACAGUUCGUCGAAUAAAACGAAGAGCCAUAACACUGCAUCAACUAGUCCACCAAGGAGACGAGAUCAGGAACAAGAAGUGCAUACAAAGGCCUAGGAACGAGGACCUGGAGAAGCGUGUUUACGCGUGGUUUAUCGAACAAAAAGGGAUGGGCUACCCAAUCUCUGAUACCCAAAUAACCGAAAAGGCAGUGGAGCUCAACAGAGAAUCAGGAGGAAGGACUAGUUUCAAAGGCAGCCGAGGUUGGCUGUGGAGGUUUAAGACGCGUUAUGACAUCAACUGUUUGAAAUUCAUGGAUUAUAAAAGUGAGGGGGAUGUAGAUACUGUUGCAGCUGGACAGUUUCUCAAAGACUUUACCACAAGAAUCGAAGAAGAGAAUAUCGAGUACGAAAAUAUUUAUAACAUGGACGAAGUUGGUCUGUUGUGGAGAGCUCUUCCUACGAAAGCGGAAAAGCGGUUAGAUGAUAAGGAGUUUAAGAAGGACAGAGUAACCUUGGGAUUUUGUGUCAACGCAACAGGAGACCACAAACUUCCACUCUUGUUUAUACACAAAGUUGAAAAUCCAAGGUCGUUGAAACAUUGCAAGUAUAACCUACCUGUAAUCUUUAAGACCCACCCACAAGCUAAAAUGGAUAGAGAGAUGUUCGUUAAUUGGUAUCAAAAUGAUUUCAAACCAGCUGUAAGAGCACGUCAGUUGGAGACGAAUAUUCAUGGAAAAGUCGUUCUGUUGUUGAGGAAAUGCCAGGCACAUGAUUUGUCCAAAGAGCCGUAUCUAGAUGAUCAAUUUCAGAUCCUAUUCUUGCCACCAUAUACUGAUCCUUUUCUUCAGCCACUGAGCAGAGGAGUGAUCGACAAAGUCAAAAGAUCUUUUCGACAGAAAAUGUUGAGUAGAGUAUUGAAUUUGUCUGGUGGGGUGAAGGAAUUUUACUUUAACUAUGACAUCAAGGAUUGCAUUGAUCUCAUGCAUGAAGCAUGGCAAGAGAUUAGCGCAUCCAACAUACGAAAUACUUGGAACGACAUAAUUGGCCAGGCCCCUGAAGAAACUUUUAUAAUGGAAGAACCAAUGGAUCCUUUAGAACCUAAUUUACAAGACAUGAUCAGUGCUAUCAUUGGUGAGGAAACGUCUGAAACAAGCGUAAGUGAAUUUUUGUUUAGAUGUGAGCAAGCAGAGAAAUCACAAGAAAAUGAAGAUCAGGAAGGUGAUAAUGAAAAAGAGAAGGAGGCAGAACAAUCCUUUGGUAAAGUUAAUGGAGUAUCAUUAUUAUUAAAGUGUGAAAAUGAAGAUAGAAUGAGUGUAGUAUUUAAAGAUUUGGUAAUGUGGUCCAAACAUCAGCCAGAAUAUGUUAGGUUACAUGUGGAAGACUUGAAGAGGUAUUAUGAUCAAGUGAAAUAG